GUAGUUUUCCAGUUAUAGGCCGGUAUUCACAGUCUGGUCUUAAAGUCUAUCCAUACGGAUUUGUAUAGUCGCAUAAACCUAUGUAUAAGAAAAUGAUCAAUCAAUUUCCUUAUGCACAUGUUUAUGCGACAAAUCCAUCUGGAAGAUCAUGAUUUUUAUAACUCACAAAUAGGCGUCUGGGAUAUUGUCACACAUAUGGAUUGAAAUAAUAGACAAGAUUGAAAUUUUGCAGCAAGGACGCGCUGCUUCUAAGAAUUUCAAGGGAAACGUGAAUUUCGACGAAUCACAUCCACGCAUCUCGUCACGAUUAUUAUAAUGGAGCAAGCAAGAUGGGGUACACCCAGCAAAGUGCAGAGAGUCGAUAGCCCUUUAAUAAAUAAUCUUUGGAUGCACAGGACCCCGGUGAAACAGAACGAGAUGCAGUUAAGACGAGCCCUUGAAACUCAAAAUAAUGCGCAAUCUUUACCUUUCACCGGUCUAUCGACUCACAUCACUCCACCGUCUAAGUUGAGGAAGCUCAUUACUAGAAAUCCGUUCGAGCCUGACCUGAUUAACAGACUGCAUCUACCUGUGAUCAGCCCGACUGUAUUCACUAAGGUAUCGAGCCCUGUACAAGAGUCACCAGGAUUUAAAUGGAACAUAGAUGAAUUAGCACAUAUAAAUCCGGCGAAGAUCGAAGAGUUUCCUGUGCAUCAAAUAUAUUCUCCAGACCCAGAACUGGAGGUAAAGGCCCAGGCAGCUAUAGAUCGAUUCUUUAAGCAAAAUCAUAUAAUUCAUAGUCCAUGGGAUAUCAAACAAAAGGAGAAUAAGCCACCCUUGAAUACUCCUAAUAGACUACUACAGAAUUUAAAUUCUAUUAAGGAUCUUUCAAAAUCAAAAAAAGAUGUAUGGAGUCAGACAGUAUUGUCUUUACCUAUUGAUCUACCGCAAAAUGUUGAAGAAGCUUUGAAACCUUUUCUCACGUUUACUCAGGAACAAAACACAGAUGGCGAUGAUAUAAAUUUAAGUAACAAUUCACUGAGAAGAAAAUUAUUUUUUAAUCAUGACGAGUGUACUGAUAAUGACAGUUUUAUAUCUUUGUCACCAGUUAAAACUGGUAAUUCCAUGACAUUAUCCUGCAGUCCUCCACAAAGUGGUAUGUUUGUCCAUGGCACACCGUUAAAAAGGUCGCUACAAACCAGACAUAAUAACAAGUCAUCUGCGGUGAAAUCUAAAAGCGUAUCACCUGACCUGUCGCCGAUACACACUGAGAACAAUGUGUUGCAUAAAAAAAUUGCAGACAGUUCUCGUUCAGCUAUUCGAUUAGACUUUGCAAUGGACAUGAGUAUAGACAAUGUAGUUGUGGAGAGAAAGGAAAAUUCGAUUAAUGACACAUCUUUGGAUAAAAAUAACGUGAAACGUACUGAGGACAAUCAUGAAAUAAUUGUACAUAAUAAUAAAACAAAUAUAUGCGACUCUAUUAAUAUGGAAGAAUUGCCAAGGUGUAUAAAUUCAGCUGACAUGAAUACUGUAUAUUUCGACGCCGUUCUAUUCAAUAAUAAAGAGCAGAAUAAUGAUGUAGGCUUAAAGAUUAAGACUGAAAUAGAAAGUUCCACACAGGAAAGUCACAAACAAAGUAAUGUAAUGUUUGGCACUUUCAAUCAGCAAAGUAUUUCAAACUCAAUUCAAGAUACUGGUUAUCAAACUUACAGUAUGAAUAGUACAAUGCAUACAGUGGACAAUUACAGCAAUAUAUCGGUGAAUUACAAAACUCGCUGGAAUGAACGUCAAGUAACAUCUAAGGACAACAAUACUCAACUGUCUUGGAGAGAGAACAUAGGAAAUGUAUUCAGUUCCACACCAUCCAAAUGUAAUAAGAACUGAAUAAACCGAUAAUUGUGAAUAACAUUCACGGACUUAUAAAACGAAAUUAUACAGAAUGCAAUACUUAGCUUACAAUUGAUUAUAGUAAAUGUAGCAAAUAAUAGUAUGACUUCUUUUAUCGCUAAUCUUAUAUUUGUUUCUUGUAUUAGCCCAUUAAAUUAAGUAAUUUUUUAAAGAUUGCAAUUUGCUCAAUAUUCUUUGCAUGUUAGCUUGAUAUCUUACGAAUGAAUAAUCAAAUGAGACGAUCAUGUUUUAAAUUUUGAACUAUUAUUUUAUAUCUCAACAUAUAUUGUAUAUCAAUUCUUUUUUAAAAUAUAUUUUUACACUGAUAUAUAUAUAUAAUUAUUUAGCUAUCUUUUUUUCAAAACAAAAUCUAUAUAUAUAUAUAUAUACACACACACACACACACACACACAUUUGUUUUAUUCCUAUAAAAUAUUUAAUGCUAAUUAUCCGACAUUUUUGCUAAGAAAAAAUUAGCUUUAGAUCUAAAAAAAAAGAUGUAUACAGAUCAUAAAUAUAAUAUAAAUAGAUUUAGUAUUGAUGAUGUAGCUUAAAGAAUCGCUGGAAAGACAGAUAAAACAUAACUAGAGAUUUUGUUUUGAAAAAAAGAUAGCUAAAUAAUUAAAUAUGAACAAGGAGACGCAUAAAAGGCGUACAUAUACGCAAACGAAAAUGAUAAAGAGACUGUAGUACUAGAUAUGCUUUGUCUCUGUUUUUAAUAAAAAGCCUUGUGAACGUA